CUGCCCUCGCUUCGACCCCAGGAAAGGCUGUGUGGGAAGUUCGUGUCUCAGAGCUGUAGCAUUGCUCUGCAGAUUGUCUGGAGCCGAGUGUAUGCACACAAACUGAUAAAUAGGGAGAAGGCCCAGUUCGCUCCAGCUGGACUCGGAGCUGGGAUCACUGCUACAGCCCACGGACUUGCUCUGGAAACAAGAAAAACUCUGCAGCUGCUGUAGGUCUCCUUCUAAAACGUUUAUCCCAUAGCAAAGUGAAUGAAGCAGUGAGAUUGGGAACAAAACAUGGCAAACACAUUUGUCACUGUACCAGAUGGGUACUGUCUUGCUGAGCCCAUACAAUAUUAUGAUGUUUUACCAGAGCACAUCAAUUACCAGCUGCAAGACACUGAUUUUCAGACUGCACCUUACUGUCAAUACUCAUCAGUUCAAAUUCCUUCUCCAGUAUUACAGUCACAACCUUCACAGUCCCAGUACAAUCCAUACAGCCUGGACUCUCAGUACACUGAUGGGCAAUACAUCAUCAGUAACUGCGAAUUAAGCAAACCUCCUUUCACGACUUCCCACCCUGAUGACAGUGGAUUUCAAGCACUAAAAAGGCCCAGAUUAAACCACUCUUCUUUGAGAUUGAAGGGGCAGGAAGAGCUGUGCGUUGUCUGUGGUGAUAAAGCAUCUGGUUACCACUACAAUGCACUUACUUGUGAAGGUUGUAAAGGCUUCUUCAGACGCAGCAUAACCAAAAAUGCAGUGUAUCGAUGCAAGAAUGGUGGUCACUGUGAAAUGGACAUGUACAUGAGGAGGAAGUGCCAGGAAUGUCGCCUGAAGAAGUGCAGAGCUGUGGGAAUGCUAGCAGAAUGUUUGCUGACUGAAGUACAGUGCAAGUCAAAGCGACUCCGAAAGAAUUUUAAACAAAAGAGCAGUUUACUUUGCAACAUUAAACUGGAAGAUGAGGGACUGAAUAGUAAGCAUGUAUCAUCUACGACAAGAUCUGGAAAAACUGUGGAGAAGGUGGAACUUACUCCAGGGGAACAUCAACUUCUUGACCAUAUUGUAGCAGCACACCAAAAAUACACAAUUCCCCUUGAGGAAGCAAGGAAGUUUCUACAAGAAACCACAAGUCCUGAGGAAAGCUUUCUCCAUCUCUCUGAGACAGCAGUUGUCCACGUGCAAGUGUUAGUGGACUUCACAAAAAGACUUCCAGGAUUUGAAAGUUUAGCUAGUGAAGAUCAAAUUGCGCUGCUAAAAGGGUCAACAGUUGAGGCCAUGUUUUUGUGUUCCGCUCAGAUAUACAACCAAAGAAUUAAUGAGUGCCAGUCAUCAAGUGAAAGUCACAUCAGACGUUCUGACCACACAACAUGCUGCCACGUUCCAAAUCUUGAUAAGAAUAUGUAUUCCAUUCAAAUGUCUCACAGUGAAGAGAGCCCGACUUCCACCACCACCACAGGGAUAACCGAGGAGUUCAUCACCGCGCUGUUUUACUUCUACAGAAGCAUGGGGGAACUGAAAGUCACCGAGACCGAGUACGCUCUGCUCGUAGCGACCACGGUGCUGUUCUCAGACCGCCCGCUGCUGAGGAACAAGCGGCACGUAGAAGAGCUGCAGGAGCCGUUCCUGGGCAUCCUCUACAAGUACUCGAAGAUCCAUCACCCCGAGGACCCGCAACAUUUCGCCCGCCUCAUCGGGCGGCUGACGCAGCUGCGCACCCUUAACCAUACCCACGCCGAGGUGCUGGUGACGUGGCGGACGAAGGACCCGAGGCUGACCGCGCUGCUCUGCGAGGUCUGGGAGCUGCACUAGGCGGCGCCCGCCGCCUCCGCGCUCCCCUCAACGGUGCGAUCCGCCUCCCGUCCCGCCCUCAGCGCGCGCCGCUGCUUCCCGCCUUUUUGUUCUCCUCAGCGGCCGAGCGAGAGGGGGAGAGCGGGGCGGACGGCGCGGCCGCGAUGAGGCGCCGGUUCUGAGUCCUUACCCGCUCCUUCGAAGCCAUGGAAAAAGGAAAACCGUUUAAACUCUUCGUGCCGCCGCGUUUGAGCGGCG